CUUAAUAAAUCUGUGCAUAGCCUAUGUGUGUAGCACGUUUACGUCCGAAUGUGCGCAAAAAUAGGAAGUGAUUUCAACACAGACCCAUAUUUAUGUAUAAAUAUAACUUUUCGUCAGACAAGUUAGUGAGAGUACUCAGGACAGACAGGCUUGUUAGGUGUUUUUGUUUGUUUGUUUAGGUUUUUUUUAACACCUGGUUGAAAUGGUGUGUCGCUUUAAUACCUGUGGUGUGGUCAUAACGACGGGCAGGUGAUUUCCGAAGGGUAAAACGAAGGUAACGUUUAAAGCACGGAAAGCGAAAGGAAUAUUUCGCAUUUGAGGUUUUCAGGUGUCUACUAGUCUGACCUGCAGUGGCUUAUGAUCACAUGCCUUUGGCUGGAAGGAUGGCAGAUAAUGUAAGAGGUGAAGCAGAUGGACCUAGUGACAUUUCAGCAUGUGGUGAGGAUGUAUUAGCAGAAAUGACAGAAAAUAACAAAAGACAAAAUUUAAAAAAAAAGAAUAGCAUAAUAAAGUCUGUCAGAGAAAGCUUUCGACUGCCUUUGGCCCUGAAAAACAAAGAGGCAAAUAACAAAAUAGAGAAGACAAACACUGGAAAUGACCAUGGAAAUUCCUCUGACGAUCUGGUACAAUCUCCAGCCUCACCAAAAGAACAGCUUACAAAACAGGAAUCUAAGUCUUACAUCCUAACUGAGAUCCCCCCAGUACCUUUAUCAGUAAUGGAGAUUAACAAUCUCAUUAAGAAUAAUAUCUUGGGAGAGGCCUAUCUCAAUAUACUCUCUUUGCGGGAGGAGGUUCAGUGUGAGCAGGAUGCAUUGAAAAAGGAUGAAAAAGCUUUUCCACUGGAACUGUUAAAUAAAAAGAAAGAUGUGAGUCUGCUCUACAACAACCUGAGAGAUAAGCUUACUGAAAUUGUCCAUCAAUCCUCUACCCAGCCUUCUUGCAAUAAAGAGCUACUAGUUCAGGUGGCUAGCAUCAUCCAAGAGGAGGAAAAGAGAGAAGGAGAUGCGGAGCAGAUGGGGGUAUGGAGAGAUGUAUGGAGGGCUGCCAUAGAGAGAGGAGUGAAAGAGACACUCAAUAAGAUUCACCUGGACAGCUAUGAGGAAAAUAUUUCCUGGUUGGCAGUACAUUUAGGACAAGUGGGAAAAGUGAUUGUUGAACAGUUGGAGAAAGUAAAAGCAGAGCUUACAAGCUCUUACCCCCCAAGCUUUAAUGUGUUCGAAACAUACGUUUCAAUCUUUCAUAAAGUUGUGGGGGAACACCUGAAAGGGCUUCUGGGAAAAGUGACAGAACUGAAGGAUUACCACGCCCUUCUGGAUUUUAUUUUGAACCAUUACCACAGUGAGAAGAUUAUGGGAAGCAAUUCCUUGCAGCCAGAACUGAAGGAGGAGCUGAAGACUCUUAAACUAGAUGAAGAUUUUCUAGAUCAGAUCAAGAAUGCAUACUGCAAUCGCUUACAGGCAGAUGUUAGAUCAUCUCUGGACAACAUUAUUAAGCUGGAACAUGAUGAGAUGUGGAAAGAUAAAAAUAAACCACAGAUUAAUGAGGAACUUUACCUCUCUCACGUUCACAUGGACAUCCUGAUGUAUAUUUCAGGACGAAUCCAGGUAUCCAGUUUGCUUGAUGUAAAAUUGGAGCAUAGAGUUAUGUGCUGCUGCCUUCAUGAGCUAAAGGAAUUUCCCAAACGAUUUGAGUCGGCCUUUGUACAAUGGAACAAAACUCUUCUGGAUCCCUCCCUAUGGGUUGAAUAUCACAUUACUUACAUCAACAGCUUUAGCGAUUUGAAAGAGCAAAUUGAGAGCUACAGACAGAAGUGUCGAAGUCAGGUGGAGCAGCUGGACAAGGAGAUAAAUGGACUGGUUAAAAUGCUGAGCCAGGCUCUACUAGACCAUUUCAAAAAUGACACUAAGCCUCUUCUAAAGAUGAUGAUGACAAAGAAGUGGCUGUCCUCCGAUGAAGACUUUCAACAGUUGCAUAAGAGAAUUGAAACUCUCUCCCAACAAUGCAAACAUAUGAGUCCCCAACAUGUACAGGAAUUCGUGAGUGGUGUGCAUUACUUUGUUGUGAAGGAGUAUAUAUCUCAGUUGAUGAAAAAUAACUACUCAUGCAAAAACAGGAAGAACGAAAACGCUGCCGCCAAAAUAGAAGUGCAAUGGGGAGAACUCCGUGAGCUCUUUGAAGAAAUGAAUUCUGUUCAACAUUGGCUCUAUCCAGUAGGGGAACACCUGCAAAAGAUCAUUGGAGAGAGAAAGAGUGAAAUAAAGAAUUACCUACAGCCAUUAGUUGAUGACUAUCCAGAUUUCAGACAAAAGCAUCUCUCAGCAGUAUUGUAUUUUCGUGGAGUAACACGUUGCAGGCAGAGACAGAUGAUCCUACAGACGCUUUCUGACCUGAAGCAAAAUGCCAGGAAUGCUGGGAGUACACAGCAUGCACUAUUCAAUGAAAUGGAGGCAGCAGUGAACACAGAUUGCCUAGUCAAUAUGCCAUGCUAUCUCCACUAAUUGUCUGUUCUUAACACAAGUGUUACCAGUUGAAAAAAACACGUAUAUUUUAUACACUAUUCUAAAGUAACAUCAGGGGUUUUGAAACCCGUGUGCUAUGGUUUUAGAACAAACACAUACUACAGUGGCAGCCACAGGACCUGAUUUGCUUUAAAGCUGGAAGGAUGAGUUUAGAACAUAUUCACACUUCAGUUCCACUUUUUAUUAGAAGAGUUUUGAAUUGAGAGAGCCUGCUCACAACCUGAUUUUGAUCAUACCAUAUGCAUUGAAUUUUAAGAGUAGCAUUAUACAGUAAAAGCCUAUAUGCUAAUAUGUAUAGUAGCGAAAAGGAAGAUUUCAGCCAGACAGCCCUCGUUUGCAAAGAAUGUAAAUAUUUGGUACAGUUUUAUAAAUAUUUGUAUUUAUAAUAAAUAACAUAUAUUUUUAAAAUGUGAAUUUUAGGAUGAAUGUAUUUAGUGGUGUGUCUAAUAAUUUUAAAAUGAUAACAUCCUUCCAGUUACUUCAAAUAUAUGUCUGGGCUGCACUUUCAUCUUCUUGGCUAUGACUUUACACACACAUGGUUAUAUAAGAUGCAUUUCUAAUUUAUUUUCCAAUCGUGAUACAGAGCCUGUGAUUAUACAGUGUCUUUUGGGAAAAAAUGAUGUUGGGUUGUGUUCUAAUUUUGUCUGCUUUUGAAAUUCCCCAGCAAUGUCAAUAUCAGAGAAAGAUUUCAGACCAUCUCAGUAUACCACGGAAACACAGAAAGGUAAUGAGCAGGACUGACAAGAAAAGCUAAAAGAUAGUGAUCAGUUGGGAUAGGACCUGGACAAAAAUAGAAAUUGGCAGUUGUACAGACUUUACUGCAGUAUUUAAAAGAGGCUUCAGAUAGGAACCAUAAGGCAUGCUGGGGUUGCAACAACUUGAUACUGAUACUGAGCUGAUGAUAGUGUCCACCCAUGUGUGAUCUGAUUGCAGGAAAGGGGUGAAAUGACCACAAACAUUAUACGGCCUAAAAUAUUUUGUGUAAAUAUUAUUAUUAUUAUUAUUAUUAUUAUUAUUAUUAUAGAAUAGAUAGCCAGACACUCUGUUUUGUCUAUACUGUAUUUCUAUAGAGUGAUAGCUAAAUCGUUGUUUAACAAUAUAGCCUGAGUGUGUUGAUUACUUGUAUAGUUGAUUACUUAUUUUUAUGUGUGAAUAACACUCUCACUGCUCGAAAUGAAGCAGCGUGUUUGAUGAAUCUGAAAAUCUUUCGGUUUCACACAGUAUACAAGCAUGAGUAAAAUUAACGAAUGAGUACUUCAAUAUCCUUGUGCAUUCAUGAAUUUUAGUAUUCAGCUUUAUUUACAUUGUCUAUGGACUUCAAUAAGCAGAAGGUUGGAGAAUUAAGGCAUUGGGCCUCUAUUAAUGCUAAUGAAUUAAUGUGUGUUUCCUGAAAAGUCUUUCUCAUUGGGCCUCUGUGAAUCCUAAUAAACUAAUGUGUCUGUCUUGAAA